AAAGACUCUUUACUCACCCCGACUGACCAAGGACAUACCAGUGGUGAUGGUGGGGGGGUAGCGUCAGCUCACUGCAUGUUAGGUGUUCCCCCCCAAGAAAAAUCCAGCCCCCAGCCCUGUCUGGAAAUGGACACUGCUGGUGUAUUUAUAGCUCCAGACCUUUUUCUUGAACACGACUGAGGAGCUGGUCAGAUGGACCACGUCUCGCUGAGCUUUGCUGUCGUAUAUUCUGGAGUGUUAUACGUUGUUACUUCGCCUGUGAAACGUGCCUGGAGGGGCUCGUCAGAUGAAAACAGCAUUCUGAACUCGACCAGCAGUUAAAACCCAGCGAAGGAGCGAUGGAGAAGCCCGUCCUGCAAACGCAACCGUCCACCCUGCCUUUUUUCGACACGGCUCAUGCCUUCAACCUUCUGCGGGGAAUCCACGAACUCCGCGCAGAGAGGAAGUUUUUCGAUGUGACUUUGUGUGCCGAAGGACGUGAGUUUCCCUGCCACCGCACGGUGUUGGCUGCUGCCAGCACCUACUUCCGGGCUAUGUUCGCAGGAACCUUGAGGGAGAGCGUUAUGGACCGGGUGGUUCUACAUGAAGUGUCAGCCGAGCUUUUAGGCUUGCUGGUGGACUUCUGCUACACAGGACGGGUCACUGUCACUCAGGAUAACGUGGACCUCCUGCUGAAGACAGCUGACUUGUUUCAGUUCCCCUCUGUGAAAGAGGCCUGCUGUGCUUUCCUGGAGCAGCGGCUCGAUGUUUCCAACUGCUUAGAGAUUCAGGACUUUGCGGAGGCCUACGCUUGCAGAGAUCUGGCAGCCAGCGCACGCCGCUUUGUCCUCAAAAACAUCAUGGAGCUGGCUAAAGGGACCGAGUUUGAGCGGUUGCCAUGGAAGCGCCUCCUUGAGUUUGUGUCAGACAAUGAGCUUUGUGUGGACAAGGAGGAGACGGUUUAUCAGAUCGCGGUGCGGUGGGUGAAGGCCGAUCUCCAGCGUCGACUCCACUACUGGCCCGAGCUCCUCCAGCAGGUCCGGCUCCCGUUCGUCAGGAGAUUCUUUCUGUUGGCCCACGUGGAGAGCGACCCGCUCGUCUACCUGUCUCCCACCUGCCUGCGCAUGGUGAACGAAGCCCGCAGCUUCCAGUCCUGCGAGUACGACCGCCAUGACAGGCCCUGCCACCGCAUGAGGCCGCGGCCUUCCACGGGACUGGCAGAAAUCCUGGUGGUGGUUGGAGGCUGCGACCAGGACUGUGAUGAGCUGGUCACGGUGGACUGUUACAACCCUCAGACUGGGCAGUGGCGCUACCUGGCUGAAUUCCCUGAUCACCUUGGAGGAGGUUACAGCAUAGCUGCCCUUGGAAACGAUAUGUAUGUGACAGGCGGCUCUGAUGGCUCUCGUCUCUACGAUGGCGUGUGGCGCUACAAGUCCAGCGUGAACGAGUGGACGGAGGCGGCGCCCAUGCUGAAAGCCCGAGAAUAUCACAGCUCCUGUGUGCUGAAAGGCCAGCUGUACGUGGUGGCUUCAGACAGCACCGAGCGCUACGACCACGCGCUGGACUGCUGGGAGUCCCUGCCAGCCAUGCUGCAUCCCAUGGACAACUGCUCCACCACCGCGUGCAGCGGACGUCUGUAUGCCAUAGGCUCCCUGACCGACGAGGACACUAUGGCCAUCCAGAGCUACGAUUCAGACACCAACCGAUGGACAAUGGUCAACUGUGGGCAGCUUCCUCCAUGGUCCUUCACUCCAAAAACCCUGACCCUCAACGGUCUCAUAUACUUUGUUAGAGAUGACUCAGCUGAGGUGGAUGUUUACAACCCUCAAAAGAACGAGUGGGACAAAAUUAGCCCAAUGACCCAGGUCCACGUUGGAGGCAGCGUGGCGGCUCUUGGCGGUAAGUUGUACGUGUCUGGUGGUUACGACAACACGUUUGAGCUGUCGGACGUGGUGGAGGCCUACGAUCCAGCAUCCCGCUCCUGGACUCUUGCUGGGCGGCUUCCUCAGCCGACCUUCUGGCACGGCAGCGUCAGCAUUUUCCGCCAGUUCAUGCCCCUGGUGUCCACCACGUUCGAACCCAACGACACGCCCGAGUCCAACACCAUUCGCUUCCACCGGCACCAGCGCCACCAAGCGCUCCACAAUCUCAACAACAAUCUCAACCAGAACCAGGAUGUGAACCCAGCGCACUGAGUCUGGACCUAGAGAUGCUUAUGUUUACUGAGAAUUUACCUCAUCACCAUGCUAAGGCAGAAGGAAAGACUGACUACAUACACACCAUAUGCAUGACUGCCAAUGUCAUGUAGCAAAAAUGACUCAUGGCUUCAGAAGGGCCUGGAAACCGACUGACAGAAGAAAUGUUUCCCUCCUGCUGGGGAAAUUAGUUACAGCAGCUACACUUAAAAAGAAGUCACUGUGGAAGGAGUCCCUCCUCCUGUUCCCUGCAAAUGAAUGUUAAACCCACUUAUUUCCAUACGGGCUCACUUGACCUCCCACUAGCAGUUUCAGCUGUCAUGUGCGAUCAUUAAGAACAGAAUACUUACAGUCGCAUCCAGCUAAUUCAUGUUCCAGUGGAGCGGCAUUGCAGUGAUGUCAGAGGAAUUUUAUGUGAUUAAUUUAUAGUUCUGAUAGCUAAAAUGUAAACAAAAUGUUUAAAUUCAUCACUCAUAAUGAAGUUUAGAAUCGUGCCUUGGAUUCAUAUUUUUCAGAGGGCAGCAUGUAAUAAUAGUUAAAGAAGCGACAGUAAAAGGUG